AUAAGGAUAAAAUAUCCAAUAACCGCUACACCUCAUCUACACUGCGAUCCGUGCUCUCCCGUGAUUGACGCAGCUGCAUCUGCUCGCUAUUAACGUACCGCCAGCGGUCGCGAGCGUCCAGAACUCUGCGCGUGGACGGUCUGCGAGGUGGGCCCAGACAGCUGCCUGGACUAAUGGGAGCAUUCUAGUUUUGUCAGUGUAGGUGGGGUGUAAUGGUUCAGUCCGAGGUGCGAACACUUUUGGGAAUGAGCAUCUUUUCUGUCAUACGUAAGCGUGACUGAGGCUGUAGCGUCUACACGGGGAUCCUCCCCGGACAGGAUGCGCUCGUUGACGGUGCGACGGGGCUAUUAAGAUGCACGUCGUUUUUGAAACGCAGGCAGUUGAGUAAACAAAUCAAUAGAAGCCGUGAUCAACAAGCGUAUUCCUGCAGUAAUGUAAAGAUGGCGAGACUGCUUCAUAACUUGCUGUUGUUGACAGUCGGGCUGACGCUGAAGAUCAGAGUUAUGGGAUACUGGUCUCUCAUCUAUGGAUACUGCGCGCUGUGCACCUGCGUAGCGCUGCUCAAACUUGGCUGGAAUAUCAUCCUACGACCGUCAACAACCUUUCAGUGGACGGUUCGUGAGACACCCCCCGCGUGCCUGAAUGACACGUCCUUGGGAACCCACUGUUAUGUUAGAAUUAAGGAGUCUGGACUCAGAUUUCACUAUGUUGCUGCUGGAGAACGAGGAAAGCCACUUAUGCUGUUUCUGCAUGGAUUCCCAGAGUUUUGGUUCUCCUGGCGUCACCAGCUGAGGGAAUUUAAGAGCGAGUUCCGUGUUGUUGCGGUGGAUAUGCGAGGCUACGGGGAGUCUGACCUGCCCUCCUCCACCGAGAGCUACAGACUGGACUACCUUGUCACCGAUAUCAAGGACAUUGUGGAGUAUCUGGGAUACAACAGAUGUUUUCUCGUGGGGCAUGACUGGGGUGGCAUCAUCGCAUGGCUCUGUGCAAUUCACUACCCCGAAAUGGUGACAAAACUCAUAGUGCUGAACAGCCCUCACCCCUGUGUGUUCACUGAUUAUGCCCUUCAUCACCCCAGUCAGAUGCUCAAGUCAAGCUACUACUUUUUUUUCCAGUUGCCAUAUUUCCCAGAGCUAAUGCUCUCCAUCAAUGAUUUCAAGGCGCUGAAGAGUCUGUUUACCAGCCGCAGCACAGGUAUCAGUUGUAAGGGCCGCUGGCUCACCACAGAAGACCUCGAAGCAUACCUCCAUGCCCUCUCACAGCCAGGGGCCCUCACUGGGGCCCUCAACUACUUCAGAAAUGUCUUCAGUGUCCUCCCACUGAGUCAGAGUGAGGUGAAGUCUCCCGUAUUGCUGCUGUGGGGAGAGCGAGACGCCUUUCUGGAGCAGGACAUGGCCGAGGCCUGCCGCCUGUACAUCAGAAACCAUUUCCGCCUCAACAUCAUCUCUGGAGCCAGUCACUGGCUUCAACAAGAUCAGCCCGACAUCGUCAACACACUCAUAUGGACUUUCAUCAAGGAGGGAGAAGGUCGGAAGAACUACAGGAACUUAUAAUGGGGUCCUUCUCCCUCUGAGCUCACCUGAAGAGGGGACCAGGGAAAAAGAACACAAGCACAUUUGAAUCGGAGGGGUUGCUUAGAGAGUAGAGCGUUUAAUCUAUUUUUCUCAAGUUUGCACAUGACAUUCGCCUUAAGGUUUCUUGGUGACAGUGUUUAAAAGUGUGUUGCAAAAUAUCUGUGAGUAAGCUGUAUUGUGUGGUGCCUUUCGACAUACCAUUUUGCAGCAUUAAAGAUGUGCCAUGUCUCUUUGAGGCCGAGCUGUCGGUCGUUUGUAUCACGGGAUUUGCUACUCUCUGCACUCUCUGUAACACAAUCUUAUGGGAGUCCUAAACCCCUCCACCUCCACCUCUCUUAUCAGGUUGUGUGGUCUUAGUGGAAGCUAUUCUGUUUUGUAUCUUUGACGAUAUUUGGCUUAAACUUCUGAGAAUGUCAUUAUUUUGAUCGUUCUGUAUGAUAAAACAAAGUGAUGUUUCAAUAUUGUAAACUUUUUUGUAUCUAGUCCUAAACACUGCAUCCAAGACAGUAGAACCAGCUCUGCACCAUUUUGAUUUUGUAAGCAAAUAAAUAAUAGCGGAAAGUCA